AUGACCAAGUUCAGGCCGUGCAUUGACCUGCAUUCAGGGCAGGUCAAGCAGAUUGUGGGUGGUACGCUCAGCCAGGUGGCCACAGACCUGAAGACCAACUACAUAUCCAAGCUCCCGGCCAGCCACUAUGCGGGAUUGUAUCAGAAACACGAGUUGCGCGGCGGGCAUGUCGUGAAGCUUGGGCCAGGAAAUGAAGAAGCUGCCCAGGAGGCAUUGCAGACAUGGCCGGGUGGAUUGCAAGUGGCCGGCGGUAUCACGGAUAAGAAUGCGCAAUAUUGGAUCGAUCAGGGUGCAGACAAGGUGAUCAUCACUUCGUUCCUCUUCCCUGGGGGCAAGUUCUCGCUCGAGCGACUCGAGUCAGUCCUUUCUGCCCUAGGUGGCGACAAGUCAAAGCUGGUCUUGGACCUGAGCUGCCGCAGGAAAGACAAUACUUGGUUCGUUGCGAUGGACCGCUGGCAAACCAUCACAGAGAUGGAGAUCAACCAGGAAUCGAUCUCAAUGCUGGAACCAUAUUGCGCCGAGUUCCUAAUUCACGCUGCAGACGUAGAGGGCCUGCAACAAGGCGUCGAUGAGGAACUUGUUUCAAGACUAGCUGAAUGGUGUACUAUUCCCGUGACCUACGCAGGAGGUGCGCGCCAUUUACAAGAUCUGGAAAAGGUCCAUACUAGUAGCAAGGGAAGAGUGGAUUUGACGAUUGGCAGCGCGCUAGAUAUCUUCGGUGGCUCUGGUGUGACGUUUGAUGAAUGUAUCCAGUGGAACAAAACGCAUUGA